UGCCAGGCAGCGCUGUGUGUUCACUCACUGUUCAGGCUCCUCCUCUGCCUCCCAGUCCCUCCCUCCCUCUCUCUCUGAUAAGGAACAGGAAGUGAUGACAUCAGAGAGAGAGGCAGAGGGAGCUCCGUGGGAGAAAUCAUUCUACUUCUCCUCUCCAGCCCAGCUCCAGCAGCCUGCCCAUGUAGUGGCCAGCCAAGUGCCCACUGUGCCCUACAUGCAGACAACCUGACCAAGACAGUCCUAACUCCUGAGUCCUGACACCUGUCCUAGUCUGUCACUCACUUCUAAAAAGGCUUCAGGAAUAUUCUCCGAUGGAUCACUUCCAGGCGCCGACGAAUAUUAUAAUUGCUGAUUCUCAAGAAGAUGAGCAGGAGCCACCAGCAGAGAUAUACCUGAGUGUGUUAUGGCAGUCCGGCCAUCUCGCGGCUGCGUAUUAUAACUCUGGUGACUGCUCCAUUCACUUUAUGCCGGAUACUCCAGAGACAGAACAGCUCCGUCUGCUUAAUAGAGUGAUUUCUGAUCUGCAGCCAAGAUGCAUCGUGACCAGUGCGAAGCAAGACCAGAAUCUUACUGACUUCCUCCAGACGCUGAACCCGGCUCCAGAUGGUGCAGCUGAUGGAAGAUUCAAAGCUGAGAUCUGUCUGUUUCCACGAGUGGACUUUGCGCUUCCCGUCUGUAAGCAGAGGGUCCUCUCAGGAAAUUUCUCUUUUUUGCCAUCGAACCUCACAGAGCCUGAGAAAAUUCUGCACCUCUCCUCCAUCAUACCCUUUGACUGCCCUCUAAUGGUCUGCACUUUAGGAGGAUUGCUAAAAUUUCUUGACCGGAGGAGGAUUGGCAUUGAACUGGAGGACAACAGUGUGGGAGUACCAGUCCUAAGUAUCAAGAAAUAUGUCAUGACUGACAUUGUGGACAUGGACCAAGAUACCUUUAGUGUUUUGCACAUAUUCAAAAGUGAAGCGCAUCCAUCUGUGUAUAAAAUGUGUUCCGGAGGAAAAGAAGGACUGAGCCUUUUUGGUCUUCUUAACCGAUGCCAGUGCAGGUGGGGCGAGAAUACGAUGAGAUUGUGGUUGAUGAGGCCUACACGGAACCAGGAGGAGUUGACAUCUCGCCUUGAUGUGAUUGAAUUUUUCAUGGCUCCGCAAAACCAGGAAACUACCAGCAACAUUCAGAGCUGCCUCAAGUACAUUAAAAAUAUCCCUUGUGAACUGAGCCUAAGCCGUCUGUUUGUCACAUUUUCUCCUAAUCAGCUGAUACUAAAGCGGAUGACCCUCUCUAACACCAAAGUUUCGGACUGGCAGCUCCUGUACAAGAGUGUCUACAGUGCUGUUUGCAUAGGAGAAAUAUGCCGCUCGUUGCCUCAGACUGUGACCCUGUUCAGUCGCAUCUCUUCUGCGUUCAGCGGUGACCUGCACUACAUUGCCAGCAUCAUUAGUAAAGUGGUGGAUUUUGAAGAAAGCCUAAGGGAAAAGCGGUUUUGCAUUAAACCACAAAUAGAUCCAACUGUAGAUGACAAGAAACGUCGGCUGCAAGGACUGCCAGACUUCCUAACGGAGGUUGCACGUAAAGAACUGGAGACCUUGGACGUUCAGAUACCAUCCUGCUGUAUUGUCUACAUCCCGCUGAUUGGAUUCCUUCUUUCCAUCAAGCGCCUCCCGUCCAUGCAGGACAAGACGGACUUUGAGAUCGAUGGUCUGGAUUUCAUGUUUCUGUCAGGCGAUCGACUUCAUUACAGAAGUGCACGGACCCGAGAGCUGGAUAGCGUUCUGGGGGAUCUCCACUGUGAUAUAAGAGAUCACGAGACCAUGAUCAUGCAUCAGUUGCAGACACUGAUCCUGGAAAGGUCCGCUGUUUUACAAGAUGUGAUUGAUUACAUCGGGCAGCUGGAUGCUCUUCUCGCCAUGGCUGUCUCUGCUCGGGAGUACGGAUACGUCCGUCCUUGUUACACGUCAAACAGCAUCAUUAAUAUAAAAGAGGGCAGACACCCCCUUUUGGUAUUUUGCUCCGGAACUUUUGUCCCAAACCCAACCAUGAUUGGAGAAAAAGAGAGGAGGAUCAAAAUUUUGACAGGACCCAACUCAUGUGGGAAGAGUGUAUAUCUGAAACAGGUGGGUCUCAUUGUCUUCAUGGCUAUGAUUGGAAGUUAUGUCCCUGCCUCUUAUGCUGAAAUCGGCCCCGUCGAUGGAAUCUUUACUCGUUUACAGACACGUGAAUCUGUGUCUCUCGGCUUGUCCACUUUCAUGAUUGACUUAAACCAGGUUGCAAGAGCAGUGAAUAAUGCAACUAGAAGUUCACUUAUUUUAAUAGAUGAAUUUGGAAAAGGGACCAAUACGGUGGACGGCCUUUCCCUUUUAGCUGCCACUCUCAGACACUGGAUAAAGCAGGACUCUUCCUGUCCCUAUAUAUUACUUUCUACUAACUUCCACAGUCUGAUUCAGCUGAAAAUACUCCCAGAAAGUCCCAUAGUGCAUUAUCAGACGCUUGAGUGGUGUCUGGACGGGGAGGAACUCAUCUUUUUCUACCAGCUUAAAGAUGGCGUUUCUGAAGUGAGCCAGGCAGCCAGGGUGGCAUCUAUGGCUGGUAUGCCAGAAGAAAUCAUCAAGAGAGGAGUGGAGGUUUCAGAGCUGUUUCGGAGAGGACACGCCAUCCAAUGCCUUGAUCAAGCAGCUAAGCAAGAGAAAAUGGACAAGUGUCAGAAGCUGGUCUCCAGUUUUCUUAGUUUAGACCUUGAUGAUCCUCAGACUGACCUGCAAAAAUACUUGUCCGAUGAAGUCCUACCUUUCUCCACGAUAUGGUGAAUUAUCAUAUCCUUAAAGAGUAUUAGACUGAUGCCAUAGGAUUUCAGGCUCUGUAAGGAUCCUUGUUGUGUACAGGUGCCGGACUGUACCCUGCAGCACAUGGUUAUAUCUGUUUUCUAGUUCUCCUCCUUAUUUUUAGAAAAAUCUGAUUAGUAAAGCAGGCUGAGAUGGAUCGAUUGGCCAAUCAGCAGGGCUGUUAGAAUCAGUUUACCCAAUCAGCAGGGCUACUUCAUUUGCAUAAACCCUGCUGAUUGGACAAAUGGAUUCUAGCAGCUCUGCUGAUUGGACAGAUCGAUUCUGUAGAAUCAUUUCGCUCAUCUCUGCUCUCUACCUAGUAGCAAUAAAGCUGUGAGCUAAACAGCUGUGCCCCCAGUCGUGUGGCUAUGGAGACUCUACCUAAAACACAUAUAGGGUUGUCAGGCAACACGAUCCCAACAUCCAGCCUGAUACUCGGGUGAAUUGUCACGGGCAGAGGCUAGGCAGUACUGAGCCCACACUGUCUUACUGCCACGAUAGAUAUAUCAGAUUAGAAUGGAGUAUCGGAGUAUUCAUAUAUAGAUAAGCAGAUCAUUCUGUGGGUAUUAAUGCUGUGAUCCAGUAGAUACCACAAUUUUUGCUUUUAUGUUAGGUUUUCAGCAUUAAAAAAAGUAUUUUCAAUAAAACGAGACAUACUGUAUAUCCUCUGCUCGUCCAUUCAUUUAUUUAGAGAUGAGCGAAGUUCUUAAAAAUUUAAUUCCGCUGCUUCGCCGAAUUUACUUUAUGACGAAUUACUUCAUCACGAAGUUCAAUGACGGGGGCGAUUGCGCCGCCCCCAUCAUUGAACCCCUCAGAUGCAGUGUCCAUCGCUGAUCGCGGCAUCUGAGAUCAAUACUAAAGCAUUUUAGGGGUUGCUUUAUACAUACCUCAUCCAUUUGAGCGGCAAGAGGCCUUCGUCGCCAUCUUGCUAGAAGAUCCAGCGCGAAAUCUCUUGCAGCGCGUGAUGACAUCAUCAUGUCUUCUGGCUUGGUGACGUCAUACGUCAUUCGCAUGGGAUCUUCAAGCAAGAUGGCCGCAGAGGCCUCUUCACACUCAAAUAGAUGAGGUGUAUGAUAUGAAAUUCAAUUUGUUACCACGAAGCACAAGGAAAUUCGGCUUUGCGGCAAAUCUAAAUUUCCCUGAAAUUCGUAUCGAAGUCCACUUCAUUAACUUCUAUUCGCUCUACACAGAACAUUUAUUCUUUCAUUAAUGUUGCCUUAGUUCGCCAUUUGUAUUUGUUUCACUGUUUAAAAAUUUAUAUUUAUGUGAUAAUAGCUAU